AUGGAUAAAAAGAUCAAACUAAAUAUCACACAGAUGAUUCAGAACUCAACUAAAAUUGAAAAAUUACUCACAAAUUCAAAAAAAUGCGCUACUGAUAAACGAACAAGAGGUUUUUUGGAUUCACGGAUGGAGAUUUUACAAGAUUAUUGGUCUAGUUAUUCCAAGUCUUUUGAGACUCUUUCUGUAUCGAUAGAUGCUGAAACGUUACAAACAGACUACAAUCUUGUCUUAGAGGAAAACUUUGAACGCACUGAAGAAUAUUACCUGGAGCUAAUGACAUGGCUUAAAGAUAAAUUGUAUGAGCUAAAAGAGGAGAAAUAUGAAGGUUUAAACUCUGAGACUUCGUUGGAAGUUUCAAAGAUGAGACCAAAACUUCCACCAAUCUCCAUACCACAAUUUUCUGGCGAUUACAGUCAGUGGAUGAGUUUUAGAGAUUUGUUUCGCUCUCUAAUACAUAAUGAUGAUCGUUUGACUAAAAUUGAGAAACAUCAUUAUCUGAAGUCAAGUUUAUCUGGAGAAGCUGAACAACUACUAAAAAAUUACUCACUAACGGAAGCUAACUAUGAUGACGCCUGGAAAAAAUUAAAUGAGAGAUAUGAAAAUAAGAGAAUGAUAGUCAACAAUAUCCUCAGUCGUUUCUUAAGUCAAAAGGCAUUGACAACUGAAUCUGCAAAGGGUAUAAAAGAUCUUCUAGACACCUCUAGCCAAUGUCUCACUUCCUUAACAAAUUUGAAGGUCGAUUCCUGGAAUUCUAUAGUCGUGCACAUCCUUGUCUCAAAGUUGGACAUUGAAUCUCACAAACUUUGGGAACAAUCAUUAGAAAAUUCCACAAGCAUUCCUACCUAUGAGGACCUUAUAAGUUUUCUAGAGAAACGUUUCCGAACUAUGGAAAUGGUCAACAUUUCACAACCUCCACAACGACAUACUCCAAAAACUGUUCAACAAUCACCGAGAGCAACAACUGCCAAAAGUUUUGCUACUGAAGUUGAAAACACUUGUACUUUUUGCUCACAGAACCACUAUAUUUGCCACUGCAAAGGUUUUGCCUCACUCCCCGUUCCUGAACGUCAAGAUUUUGUUAAGAAAAACAACAUAUGCUUUAACUGCCUCGUGAAAGGUCACUCAGUAUUCAACUGUAGACAAAGCACAGUCUGCAAAAAGUGUGGUCGUCGUCAUCAUACGUUAAUUCACUUCACCUCUCCUAAGGAUGACAACGCUGGUGAUACUGCUAAAGAGAGAGAUAGCCCAAAAGGAAAUGGCACUGCUGGACCCAAGACUUCUUGCAACGUCAGUGUGAACCUGAAAGCUGAAACAAAUGAUGAUCUGGUUAUUUUAGCUACUGCUGUAGUUUAUGUAGAUUCAAAGAACAGUGGUACUUACGCAUUGAGAGCUCUUGUUGAUCAGGGUUCACAGGGUUCUUUCAUUUCCGAAGGAGCUGCGCAGUUGUUAAAGCUUAAUCGUAUUCCAGUUAAUGGCAAAAUCUCUGGAAUAUCUAAUUCAUCGGUGGUAACUACAAAGUCCAUGGUCUCACUUACAGUCCACUCCACAAAAGAUAAUGCAUCCACUUUCAAAGUCAAUGCAUAUGUUUUAAGAAAACUCACAUCAUUGUUGCCUUCACGAGAAUUUCCACAAGAUACCUGGCCUUUAUCUAUGCAGUUGGAUCUGGCUGAUCCAAACUUUCACAAGCCAGGGUCUAUUGAUAUCUUGCUCGGUGCUGACGUGCAUGCUUACAUACUUCUGGAAGGCUUACACAAGUCAAAUUCUCUUAUUGCACUCAACUCUCGCCUUGGUUGGUUAAUAUCAGGCAGAGUUUCACAAACUGAUUCAGUAGCGUAUGAACACAAUAUGGUCGUUAUGCAAACGAAGGUUGAGACAGAUCAGUUACUCAGACGAUUCUGGGAGAUAGAAGAGAAUUUACCACACAAGAAACCAAUGACCGAUUUAGAAAUACAAUGUGAAGAACACUUCAAAAACACUCACACUCGCAAUGACGUCGGUCGUUACAUAGUACGCUUACCAUUCAAAGAAGAUCCACCCACAAACCUUGGUGAUGCUAAACCUCUUGCUAUCAGCCGCUUACAACAGAUGGAGAAACGUUUUACACGCAAGCCUGAAUUCAAGGAAAAAUAUCACACAUUUUUGAAGCAGUAUGAAUCACAAGGUCAUAUGAUGAUGGUACCUGAAAAGGAAACAGAAACACAGAAAGUAUAUUACUUACCUCAUCACGCUGUUCUUAGGUCGACGAGUCUAAGCACGAAGCUACGUGUAGUUUUCGACGGAAGUGCUGCACCUGAAAAAGGAAAAUCAUUAAACGAUGAACUUCUAAUUGGUUGUUCUCUUCAACAAGAUAUUAGAGAUUUAAUAACUAGAUGGAGACAACACAAAAUUUGCUUAGUUGCAGAUAUUCGUCAGAUGUAUCGUCGGAUUCUCGUAAAUAAUGAUGACGUUGACUACCAGAGAAUCGUAUGGCGAGAAUCUCCAACACAACCUAUAAAAGAAUAUAGACUACUUACCGUUACGUAUGGUACAUCUUGUGCUCCAUUUUUAGCCAUUCGUACACUUCAUCAACUGGCUGAAGAUGAAAAGAAUGAUUUCCCCACUGAAGCUGAAAUCCUGAAAAACGACGUAUACAUGGAUGAUUUGAUGACGGGCGCAUCCACAGUAGGAGACGUUGUGAAGUUACAAAAGGGCCUGACGGAGCUGAUGGCGGAUUCCCUUUACAUAAGUGUUCCACGAUGGUUUGGAGUUUCAGAUGACACCACUAAGCGGGAGCUGCAUGGAUUUAGCGAUGCUUCGUGUACUGCUUAUGCUGCAGUAGUGUACCUUAGAGUUUUAGGGAAUGAGGGUGAAGUAAAAGUUUACCUUGUUAUUGCAAAAUCUAAAGUUGCCCCAGCAAAACAAAUUUCUGUUCCACGUCUUGAACUCUGUGGUGCAGUGCUAUUGGCAAAAUUGAUCCAACAUGUUAAAACUAUUUUAAAUAUACCCGACGAUGAUGUAUUCACCUGGACGGACUCUACCAUCGUUUUGGCAUGGCUGCGUAAGACACCAAACACAUGGACUACAUUUGUUGCGAAUCGUACAUCAGAAAUUUUGACUCUCACUAAUAGUAAUCAAUGGCACCAUGUUUGUUCUGCGAACAAUCCCGCUGAUUUAGCAUCGCGUGGAACCUUCCCAAAUGAUCUGCAGCAGUCAAAUCUAUGGUGGAGUGGUCCUCAAUUUUUACAUGACACGGAUGGAUUUGAACUUUCCCCCGUUGAUAUUCCCUCGACAGAUUUAGAAAUGAAAGCUACUACCAAAAUAUUGUGUAAUGUUAAUUUUAUCGAAAAGGAUGAUGCAAUUUCUUAUCUAAAACGAUUCUCAACGCUGUCAAAAUUAAUUCGGGUUACUGCCUAUUGUUGUCGUUAUUUUAAUCUACUCAAAGUUAAGAUUACUAAGAAUCCAUUUACUAAAGCUAUUUAUUUGAGUGCUGAUGAACUUGAUGAUGCUCUUAAUCGUUGCAUUAAAUUGUCACAAUCCAUUUCGUUUCGAGAUGAGAUCUCUCUCUUGUCAUCAGAGAAACAAGUUCCGAAAUCGAGCAAAAUAUAUGUACUUCAUCCAUUUAUUGACGACGAUGGUAUUGUUCGGGUUGGUGGUCGACUUGCUAAUGCAGAAAUUUCAAAGGAUAUGAAAAAUCCUAUUAUUUUAAGUGGCGCGUCCCGUGAACUUGAUCUGGCGUUCAAGGAUUCACAAUCUCUGACGGUUACUGAAGUUUCUGAACUUCUUGCUAAUGAUCGCACACAAUGGAAGUUUAUACCACCUCGUGCCCCACAUUUUGGAGGCCAAACUUUUCUCACAUACGAGGAGCUAACUACUCUCUUAUCUCAAGUUGAGGCUUGUGUCAAUUCUCGUCCACUCACACUUAUGAAUUCCACUCUUGACGAACCUCCUUUGACACCUGGUCACUUUCUCAUCAGAGAACCCUUAAUCGGUGUUCCUGAGCCGUCUCUUCUCGAUGUUAAACUCAGUCCGUUAAAUCGAUGGCAUAUAAUUCAACGAAUGGUGCAAAGCUUAUGGAGUCGUUGGCGAAAUGAAUAUCUCACGACCCUGCAACAUCGUUACAAAUGGAACACUAACCAAACUGAUCUCCCUAUUGGAACUGUUGUUUUAGUCAAAGAUGACAUGCUCCCACCAGGAAAAUGGCUUUUGGGACGUAUUAUUCAGAAACACCCAGGAACAGAUGGCAUAACAAGAGUUGUUACAUUAAAAUAUAAGGAUAGUGUUUUUAAGAGACCAAUCGCAAAAUUGUGCCCUCUGCCUCUGGAUGAGCCUGACUCCCUGUAA